CUCUGAACUGAACCAGUUGCCCUCUUUGAGUGACAGCUCAGCUCCGAUUGACUUCCCCGGCCAAAAGAGGACCAAUCAGCGGCUGGUGGGGGCGGGGCCUGUGUUCGGCCAGCUCCGGCAAAUAUUCCCAGUAGCGGUCCCUUGCAGUUACUUUCCAUCCAGGUUUCGGAGCAGCCGCUGAGGCUUCAUCCUCCCUGCGCGCUUUGGGUUAUUUUGCGGGAGGACGGAUCUGCAGGAUUGCGCCGCAGCAGCAGCAGCACUUUGUUUGUUGCUCACCAGCUGAAAGAAAAAGGGGGAAUAUCUCACCACCACCACCACCAACCACCACCACCACCACCAGCCAUCUCUCCUUUUCUCUGCUGCUGCUGGAUUUUGCUGGACUAUAACGCAGAGGGAUUUAUAUUGGUAUUGAUUUCCUCUCUGAUGGGAUGUAUUCCAGCCUUUACGCGCUGAGCGGGGAGAAUACAAACGCACUGUGCGCCGAAUGAACUGCUGCCGUUUGGUUUUUGGUGCAUCUGGAGAUGCUCUGAUCGGGGUUUGUGGUCCGUGCGCAUCCCCUCUGGAUCGGGAUAUAAGCUGAAGACAUUUCCCUCAGCCCCCCCUCUCUCUCUGGAGCUUUUUUGUUGUUGUUUUUUCUUCCCCUCCCAGUGUGGACGUUUGGCUGGUUUAAAGGCGCGCAGGCUCACCAUGGGGGACUCGAUGUGGAGAUAUUAUUUUGGAGUUUUGUUUAUUGCCUUCAAAGUGGACCUGUGCCGGGCGCUCAUCCUGGAGUCCAUCUACUGGAACACAACAAACACCAAAUUCGUGCCAGGCCAAGGCGUGGUAUUAUACCCCCAGAUCGGGGAUAAGUUGGACAUUGUGUGCCCACGCGUGGACGGCGGGGUGGGUGAGGGUGUGGAGUACUACAAGGUGUACAUGGUGCCCAGGGAGCAGCUGGAGAGCUGCACCAUCACCAAGGCUGACACGCCGCUCCUCAACUGCGUCAAGCCCGACCAGGAUGUCAAGUUCACCCUGAAGUUUCAGGAGUUCAGCCCCAACCUGUGGGGACUGGAGUUCUUCAGGGGGAAGGACUACUACAUCAUCUCAACGUCCAACGGCACCAUGGAGGGCAUCGACAACCAGGAGGGUGGUGUGUGCAAGACCAAGUCUAUGAAGAUAAUCAUGAAAGUGGGACAAAAUCCUUCUGACCCCGUUUCACCCAAAGACCCCACCAGAGUACCCCACCCACCCCCGCACCCAUUUGACAAGGAUCCCAACAACCCCAACGAAGUGCUGGAGAAAACAGGAUCACCACACACAGAAGGCACCGAUAACAGCAGGACUGACGGGAAGUCCUCAAGUGUCAUGGGCUCCGAGGCGGCGAUCUUCGUGGCCAUCGCCUCUGGCAGCGUCAUCUUAAUCAUCAUCAUCGUCGUGCUGGUCCUGCUGCUGCUCAAGUACCGGCGGCGGCACCGCAAGCACUCUCCGCAGCACGCAGCCACGCUGUCUCUAAGCACCCUGGCUACGCCCAAGCGGAGCGGAGGUGGCGGGAACAAUAACGGUUCGGAGCCCAGCGACAUCAUCAUCCCGCUCAGGACUGCUGACAGCGUCUUCUGCCCGCACUACGAGAAGGUCAGCGGUGACUACGGACACCCGGUCUACAUAGUUCAGGAGAUGCCGCCUCAGAGUCCAGCCAACAUCUACUACAAAGUCUGAGGCGGGAACUGGAACAAUUCACGAGGCAGAGCGGGUUUUUGGCUUCGGCAGGUGCCGCCGGCACACCCUGCUAAUGAACACUCUUUCUCUCUAUCACUCUGUCCACGACUCCUCCUCUCCUCUGAUGUUUUUUCACUACUUUUCUUUUUUUCUGGGAGUUAUGCGGACACCUUGUCGCUCUGAUUUGGCUUGGAUGGGAACGCGUGGCGGCCCUGUAAUGAAGGCCACCGCUACUGCCGCCGCUACUGCUGCUGCUCUCCGGGAAGCAGAGAAGACGCUCUCUUCUUUACCCACUGUCGUUUUGUUUUGUGCACUGCGGCGGCCGGCAUUCCCGUGGGAGUGUUUGUGGGAUCGGGAAGUUUUUUUCUCUGGGAGACGGACAGACAGGUGUGAAGGUUUCCUGAGGGGGACGAGAUUAGGAUAAGGAAUUAAUUUCUCCUCACUUAAAGAGAGACUUCUGCUUGGAAAGAGAGCGGGAGAAGAAAAAAAUGAGGAGGAGGAGAGUUAAAGGAGGAUGCGGUCUGACCGUGAACUCACCAGAUGGCGACCUCCCUGCCCCUUGACGCUCACUGGCCGGAGAGACUCUGUGGAGCUUUUCGCACCCAUCAAUCCUCUCUGGGACUUUUUCCUGAGUGACUCACGGAGAUCACCCCAAUCAUCCUGCCACCCACCAUCACACACACAUCCACCCUCGUGCACAGACACACUGUCUCACCGCUCGAUGUGAACUGUUUGGGUGUUAGUUUGGAUUGCCUCAUUCCCAUAUUUUGUCACUUCUCUUACUUGAAGGUUUUAAGAGAAAAAUAGACCCCAUGUACACCCUUUCCUUUUAUGGUUUACUGCUCAUAUCUGUUUUUCAUAUCCUGGUGUAGUUCAGGUGGCUCGGAGUGGCAAGAGAAUCCAAAAAAAACAAAAACGAAAACAAACCCAGGUGGCUUCUGGGAAGAGUGGAGGACUUUCAUAUUAUAGCGCAGCACUUUUAACCCCCUAUUUCUUAUUUCUUUGGCCCCUCCACUCUUCACAGUCCACAGAGAGGGUCGCAGUGAGGGACGGAGAUGGGAGAGCAGCUGUAUCCUUUAGUUGCCUCUAAUCUGGGCCUUGAUGUGGAAUGAGAAGUCCAAUGAGGCCCGAGAUCUAGUAGAGGUUAGCUGGCUGAAACAGCUCUAGGUACUGUAAUGUUUACCCCAGUGAUGAAUAAAAGGUCCCCCUAAAAAUAAAGGGCCCAAAAUCAGUGUGACCGGUGCUCUCCUAUUCUUUAAAAAAAAUUAAUAAAUAAAAAAAGCACAGGGACAUCUACUUACAUCGUCACUGUUUCUCCAUUAGCAUUUCCAUAUUGUGAGUUUUUGAUUUACUUCUCUUAUUUUUUAUUAAAUAGAUGUACAUUAAAAAAAACAAACAUUAAAAGAUGAAAAAUUAAAAAAAAAAAAUUAAAAAGCAGAAUUUAUUUAUGAUAGACACAUACAGAGCACAGGUGUUGUCAGGCGGUAAGGAGAAGAAGUAAUGUUAAUAUAUUAAUGGUAUAAGUGCACAUUAUGCAAUCUAGGUUUUUGAUUAUCUAAUAUCUCGGAAUCCUGCUGAGUCCUGGAAAAGAAUACCGGAGUCAGCCACAGAGUCCUGUAUUGUUUCCCUCAAGUCAGCUGCUAAGUCCUGUAUUCUUUCCGUGAGUCGGCUGUUGAGUCCGUUAUUUCUUUACCCGCUCAAUGAAAGACUGAGUUGGUUGCCGAGUACGGUCUUCUUUCCUGUGAGAAAUUACAGGAGCCGUUUUUCCCCCAUUGGCUGUCGAAUCUCAUAUUCCCCCCCAACUUGGUGAAAAAAAAUACAGGAGCUGGUUGCCAUGUACUGUAAUGUUUCUCAUGAGUCCCGUAUUUUUUUUUCCUGUGAAUUGGCCACCAAGUCACGUAUUUUUUCCCACUUGGUGAAAGACUUUGGACUUCCGGAGUCAACCACAGACUACCGUAUUCUUUCCUCUCAGUCAGCUUCAAAGUCACAUAUUUUUUUCCAGCGAUUUUCCAAUUGUUUUUUGUUUUUUGUGAAUUAGCCACCAAAUCCCAGGUUUUUCCCACUCGGUGAAGGAAUACAGGAGUUGGUUGCCAGUUUCCUCUGAGUUAUCUGCUUAGUCCCAUAAUUUUUCUCAUGAAUUGGCCACCAAGUCUCAUAUUUUUUUUUCUCCAUCAGCUAGUCCUCUAUCUUUUUCCGUGAAUUGGCCAAGAAGUGCCGUAUUUUUUCCCGCUUGGUGAAAGAAUACAGGAGUGAGAUGUUGCUCUGUAUCCUUUCCCCAAUCCUGGGAAGAGUUGGCUGCAGAGUUACAUAUUCGUCCUACCAAGUCCGGUACUUUUUCCCCUUUUGAAUCGGCUACGAAAUCCAUACCCCCCCCCACUUGGUUGAAAGAAUACAGGAUUCAGAUGGCAAGUCCUGUAUUUUCCAGCUCAGAUUAUGGGACUCGGCCGUUACCUUGCGUAUUCCUUUCCGCUCGGUAAAGGAACAAAAGAGUAAACCGUUUCUAAUCUGAGUCUCGUGAUGUUUCUGGCUCGGUCCUGGGAAGGUGGACCAGGGGAGGAGAGUUAAUCUGACCCUAAAUAGCUCACAUUGGUGUUACACAAGGGCAGAGUAGCUGUGUCUCCCAUGCUCACUCAGUGUAGCAUCUCCCAAAGGAUAACUCCCAUAAACACCCAGUGCGCCCGACUCCUCAUACACACCCCUCAUGUUCUCCCUGUGAUUGUGUGAAUGUGCAUGUGUGUGUGUGCAUUUCAGUGACUUCACGUUCAUUAAUAUCUUUGGCGUUAGGGCCUGUCCCCGAGCAUAUAUCAUCCUCAUUCGUUCAUGAUCAAAUUUCACCGAAAAGCCAAGCCUUGUAUGAUCUGAGGUUUGUGCCUCUGAGAGGCUACAAAAUCUGCAAAUAUGCAAUUCUUAUUUAUUUUUUUAAAAUCGAUUCUGAGAAAAAAAAAACACCUAUGGAAAGUGUUCUUAACCACUGAAAGAUGUAACAACAAACCAACACCACAAAACACAAGCCUGCUGUUAGCUUUGAGUUCCUGCAUUGUUUCUAGUAUUAUUUGAACCUCUUCUGUUCUGACCGUGUGCCGUAGUACAAAGGUAAACUGUGAAAAAUGAAACAAUUAAAAAGCAUAUGUAACACACCCGAACAGGUAUUUAAGAAAAGAGAAAUGGCUGUUUAGUUGCUGUCUGUCUGCGGCAGAAUAUGACAAUCUUAUUAGUUUCUUUGAAUCUGGAGUCCUUCUCUUAGCUCUGCUAACGCUCUCCCAGCGUCGACAGGUGCGCUCCGACCUGUUUGGAAAUAUCGUAGCGAUGCUGUGAGCUUCUUAGCACGCGAGCUAAGAGAAGCACCUCAGGCUACUGUAAAAUGCCUUGCUCGUAUGGUCAGCCCUUGGUCACUUGACUCAGUAAUUUUGCACCGUACUUCUGUAGGUAAGAAACUGUAAAUACAUUAAUGUUUGUAUUGUAUAUGGAUCCUGGGUUGUUACAAUAGCCUUAUUCACCUUUUUAGGAAAGUAAAUGGAAGAGAAAAGUACAGAAAAAUUGAAUUCACUUCAGUAAAACAGAGCAUACUACUUUUUUGGUAAAUAGCUUAUGUAAAUAUUGACCAGAACCCAAUAAAAUCAUUUUUAUAAACUCUUAAAGUAAGAUGUUUUGUAUAAAAUUUGAAUUUUUUGCUAUGUAUUUUAGCUAGCGCUCGAUGGAAAGCCCGUGUCCUCCCCACUCCCUCCCCUUUUGCACUGUUUCCAUUGUAAUUUGGUUUAAAGAAAAAAGAAAAAAAAAGAGAAAAGUUGCCAAACUGACUGCUGCAUAUUUGUGCCAUAAGUGUGUACCAUAAAUAUUUAUUGAAUUAGUUUCUUUUCGUUUCUUUCUCUCAUUUCUUUGUUCUGUUGAUAAUUUGAGUUGAGUCCAGUUCGUCAGUAACACAGUAUUAUAUUUACAUCGUUUUCUCGUCUCCCCGGUUUUCUUUAGUCACGUCAUGGUUCUCCCCUUUCCUCGCAGUAUGAGAUGGCCAGGCUGUGAAAAACGGUUUUAACAUUCAAAACUUUAAAACAAGUUCAAAGUGAGGAUAAAUGACACACAUUCCACCAGUCUGUUACAAACUGAAAAUGUUUUUCAAUAAAAUGUUUUUCCUA